GGGGAACGUAGCUUGUUUGUUCUGCAUGCAUUUCAAUUUAAAGGCACAAUAGGUAAUUUUGGACUUCUAAUGGUCAAGAGAGGAAUUGCAGCCACAAACACCCUCAAACCGAAAGACUGAUUAUCCCACCCCUUCCCUAUGAACACGCUGACGUUUAAUUAUUCUACAGCUACACAAUGUGUUGGUACAGAGUGUUGGUCUGUCAACUGUGUAUUUUGAAACCAGAAUUUAAGGACCAUAAACACAGGCAGAGGAUGAGUCAACAUGUGCUACAUGCCUGGACCUGCAGUGUUGUGAUAGAUCACCGGAGUACUUGUGCUGGCACACCUAAUCAACUAGCCUUCAUUUCAGGAGCACACCAGGGCUUAUCACAGAGCUGUGCACUCUGUCAGGGCUGAUAAGUAAGCGUACAUCACCGGAUGUGUUAACAUGCCAAAGUGCUGUGAGAGGAUUGAAGGAUUUGUCGCCGUUACCUCUGAGCCCCUGCUUCUGCUUCCCGGUUGCGCCUCACACCCUGCCUUGCGGUCCGGUUGAACGAUCGAUUAAUUGGUUUCUGUUAGAUUGAAUAAACUAUCGCGCGGUUGCUAUCGACACUGCUUGCGGGAAACAUGCCCACUCACAACAUGAUUUCGUACGCGGAAACGCCCGACGCGCUUGGACAGGACACCGUGAACAACGGCAGCGCCAGCAUGCCGGGAGCGGGGUCCAGCAUGACGCCCCACAGCAGCCUGGGGGAGAAGCCGGCCGGCCGCCCUCCCACUGUGGAGUGCAUGUUCUGCGACAAGACCUUCCAGCACCAGGAGGAGCUGAGCCCCCACGUGCUGACCCAGCACCCCACCACGCUGUUCGGGCCGGCCGUGCUGCGCGUGGAGGCCCAGUUCCUGAGCCCCGGGGAGAAGGCCGCGCCCGGGGAGGGCCUGGCGGAGGAGCGGGCCAGCUGCGCGGUGUGCGGGCAGGGCGUGGGCGACCCCUCCGAGCUGGAGGCCCACAUGAGGAAGCACAAGGACUCCUUCACCUACAGCUGCGGCCUGUGCGGCCGGCGCUUCAAGGAGCCCUGGUUCCUGAAGAACCACAUGAGGACGCAUGGCGGGAAGGCCAAGAGCCGCGCCCAGCAGGACCCGGAGACGCCCGCCACCAUCAACGACGUGGUGAUGCAGGAGCCUGCGCCCGCGCCCCCAGGCUCCCCCUACAGGAUGUGCAUGGUGUGCGGCUUCUUCUUCCCCAGUAAGGAGGUGCUGGCCGAGCACAGCAGGGUGCACAGCCGGGAUCCCGAGCCCGGGGAGGACGGGGGUCCGGAGGCCGACCCGCUGCCCGCCCCCGAGGGCCCCGUCUCCCAGGAGAGCUUCCUGCGGCUCCUGGACCUGCGCUCGCAGGGGGCCCAGCCCCGCCCGCCCGAGAGGCCCGCCAAGUGGAUCGCGCAGCUGGACCCCUUCAACACCUACCAGGCCUGGCAGCUGGCCACCCGGGGCAAGAUCGCCACGGGCCCCGGCCUGGCCAAAGAGCUGAGCCCGGACGCCGGUUCCGACAACGACAACGACUCGGGCUCUGACAAGGAGGAGCUGGGGGAGAUCUGGGCCGGCGGCCGGGGGAAGUCUUUGAGGGAAGGGCUCCGCAGUGAGCAGAAAGCGGGCCCCUCCCCUGAGCCUGACCCCAAGGCCCAGGCCAGCAAGGACAAGCCCACCCACUGCAGGGACUGCGGGAAGACCUUCCGCACCUACCACCAGCUGGUGCUGCACUCCCGGGUCCACAAGAAGGAGCGGGCCGGCGCCGACAGCCCCACCGCCUCCGUUGAGGGCAGGCCGGGCUCGGGGGCAGAACCCGGAGCGCUGGACCGGGCCGAGGAGUGCUCAGAGGACGGCUCGGAGGAGGGUGGCCCUGGCGACCUGGCCCACUCAGAUAAAAGUGAAGAUUACUAUGAUAAGUCCAAACUGAAAAUUCUAGCCCCGUCAAAGGAAUGCAGCUACUGUGGAAAGUCUUUUCGUUCAAACUAUUACCUCAACAUUCAUCUCAGGACACAUACAGGUGAAAAGCCGUACAAAUGUGAGUACUGUGACUACGCGGCGGCCCAGAAGACCUCUCUCCGGUACCACCUCGACCGCCGCCACAAAGACAAGCCGGACAUCGACCUGUCCAAGCUCUUGCCCACGUCCCCCAGUCCCAGCGAGGCCAAGGAGAGAGGGCCUCAAGACCCCGCCCCAAAACUGGCUCCUGCGGUGCCCGUCAAAGCCGAGGCCAGCCCCGAGCAUGGCAAGCCGGGCGCGGUCGCCCCCGGCGAUCAGGAACAGCCGAAACGGCCCUCGCCCCUGGCCGCUGAGGAGCCAUCGGAAGCGCCGCUCAACCUCUCCUUCAAGAUGUGCCUGUCUGUCUCCGCUACCUCGGUGCCGAAAAGUGCGCUGGUGACCAACGCCUGCGCCUCGUGCGCCUACAAAACCUUCUACCCCGAGGUGCUGCUGAUGCAUGUCCGGCUGGCGCACCGGGACAAGCUCCAACCGGCCAAGAAGAGCCACACCCGGAGCUCCAUCGCCGCCCUGAAGAAGAAGCGCCACACGGGCUGCCCGCCCGCGCUGCAGGGCAAGGACGUCAGCCCCCUGCCCCACUUCUCCCGCAAGCACCCGCGCCGGACCAAGUCCCCUGUCCGCGACCCUGAGCCGGCCGCAGAGAAGGCCCCUCCCCCUGCGCCUGCUCCCGGCCCGGUGGCCAGGCGACCUACCCCUCACGAGGCCCUGCCCGCCAGGCCCACCUACGCCAAUACCCUCUCCGCCGGCCUGGCCGCCAGGCCCCCUGUGGCUCCCCGGUUUGCCAACCCCGAGAGGGACUGCUUUGUGGUGUCAGUCAAGCAGCCCCUCCAGGACAAGGACAGGCACAUGGUGAAUGGGGCGGCGUGGCACCCCGACGCGCGGGCCGGUCUCCCUGGCCGUUUAGGCGCCCCACAAGGGGACUACGGUGAGCCCUCCUCCAAGAGGGUGAAGUACUCCGACCCUCCCGAGGCUGACGAAUUGCGGGAUGGCUACACUCGGCUGAGGCCCACUUCCAGACCCGCCACAAGCUUUCCUCAUGGGAGCCCGUCUUCCAAAACAGUCCACCCGCUGGCCCCUGUCAAGGCCCCAGGGAAGGUUCCGGACACAGACUGGAACGUGAUCAACAUCCUGCGGUCCUACAGCUCCAGUGACCUGGCCUCGCUCUACCACCCAACGGCUGGCUCAAGCCAUACUGCAUUUUCUGCACCUACAGCAGGGAGCAGGCCCGUGCCCUAUCCUCAUCACCCCAACAACAUGCUGCAAAGGAGGACCAGCGGCACUGUGAGCGGCUCACACUGCGGACCCCCCGAUAAGAGCGCUUAGAAACCCUUAGAAUCUGAUCAACCACGGUUUGAAGCACUGGGAAGGUCCCGCGAAGCAUCGACCAUCCGGUGAUCCAACUCUGAAGGCCUGGACCAAGGAUGGAGGAUUACUCCAUCCCAUAUAAGCUGUGACCCCAAUUCCCAUACACCUGAAACAAACACUACUUCAGUAGUGGCACCAUUAUAAUGGGUUCAUUUUUGUUUGAGUAUGCAUAUAUAAGUAUGUACACACACGCUCACACACACAGCUGCGUAUGUCUGUGUGGUAGACAAGUUGGAUGUGUGCAAAUGUCUGUGUUUAGAGGAAAGUUGGAAGGAUGAACUCGGGGUUUGGUUGGGGGUGCAGGAAGGGGGGGGUGUGGGUUUGCGAUUUCUGUGUUAAAACCUAUUUCACGACUGCUGCUCUUCUGACCGCUGAUGGUUACCAGGGAUGCUUACCGCUGGUGACACAUCAACCAGACGAUUUAUGCCUUUCAGGGGUCGCAAACAAACUGGAAUAGAAGCCGCCAGGUUAUAUGAGGAGCCAGUAAGCGCUUUGAACUGUUUAAUCUGACUGGACAGAGUCCUCAGCCUCAGCCAUGUGGAGUUGAGUCCAGUGAGAAAAUGCCUCUAACUUCAGCCAUGUGGAGUCGUGGUUGUUCGCGUGUGUAGCGCGUACCGCGUACCGGAAAAGGAAGGCUCAGACUCGCUGGGCUCAGCCAGGCCUGUCGCCGUACUGUGUGAACUGGAACUGUAGGAGAUUCAAAGAUGAAGCCUCUCCCUCACAGCUGCCCGCGGGCUGAAGGCAGUGGAGUUUCAUUCAGCAGCACGGUCACGCCAAAGCCCACCUGGGUUUGGAGACCCCACGGCAACAUCCCCCAAAAGCAGGUGGGAACACGAGAGGCUCGGAGAACAGACCGGCGAGCUCCACGUCGAGCCACUGGAUAUUCACAC